AUGACGUUGAUCUCUGGCAUGGUGCAGCGAAGAGGAGGGUCUACGCUUCCGUCUCUAGACAUUCUCCGUGUCUACGAUGACUGGGAGUCUCCCACAAACGCAAAGGGCGAAAACUGGUUGCAAGCGAUUCUGUCGGCAUCUGAAGUCUCAAAAGGUAUUCCAGAAGACUGGAUGAUCUGGCGCGACCUGCCUGAUGGAUCAUCGGUCCUGACACAUGUUCUAGAGCUCUCCUUGACUGCACCCAUUUGCAAUGAGGAGGAAAUGACUAAGUUGAUUCAGAUGUGUCCGAACCUGCAGUCCUUGACGUAUUCCGACUAUGGAUAUUGCUAUAAACAGCCCAGCGAUGCCAUGCCACCCCGCAUGACAGCAAAGGAUGUUGUCGAAUGUUUGGUACCCAGACAGAAAACUUUGCGGUCCCUUGAGCUGUCCAUGUCAUUUCCUGCUACACAAUGUAAAUUGGACCAAUUCCCACAGGAAUGGAUGAUCAGCGAUCUCAGAGAACGGACAGAGCUGCAGGAGCUAACGAUCGACCGCUACGACCUGGUGUCAAGCUGGGGCGUUGAAAGGCAGUACACCGAGAGCGGUCGUAACGGCUGCUUUGAUUUCCUGCACGGCUGUCGUGUCGAAAGAGCACUCGAGAUCCUUGAACGACCGUCUAGUCCUUUCUUGUGGAAACUACCGUCGUCUCUACGAACCCUUUGCAUUGAGAGGGGAGACCGUAGCCUAUUACCAGAACUUGAACGCCUUCCUGAAUUCAUCGUUGCAAGAGGUUUACCCGACCUGAGAAAUGUGAGUCUGCCAAAAUGGUUUUGCCAAGGCCUUCAUGGUGGGGUGCCACGUUUGAAAGCCCUGGGCGAGGAGCUAUGGAAGGAACAUGGAGUAAUAUUCAAAGUUGAGUUGAAGGGUGACUACACUAGCCCUCCUCACUGGCUAUGCUGGCCUGCCGAUAGUGUCGUGUGCUCCCAAAAAUAG